AUGGUUGUCGCUCAUCUCAUGCUCGCAGCAGCGCUUGCGCCGGCGGCACUAGCUACUCCCCUCAAGCUGCGUGACGUCGCAUCCUACGAGGGAAACCCGCUGGCGGAUAGACAGCUCUUCCCCAACCCCUACUACACAGACGAGAUCACGAAUCUCGCCGUCCCUAAGCUCACUGGCGAUCUCGCAGCGAAGGCAGCCAAGGUUGCCGAGGUGCCCACGUUCGCAUGGCUUGAUACACGCGAAAAGAUCAGUCUCAUGAACAGUACUCUGGCGCAGAUCCGCAAGCUGAACCAGGAGGGUGCCAACCCGCCGUACGCUGGCACCUAUGUCAUCUACAAUUUCCCGGACCGUGAUUGCUCUGCCAAGGCCUCUGCCGGCGAGCUCGUCAUUGCCGACGGCGGUUCGGAUGUUCGCCAAGUAUUUGUCUACGAACCUGAUGGAUUGGCCAACCUCAUCACCAACAUGAACGUGCAGAAGUGCACUGGCGCAGCCGAUGCGUACAAGGAAGGCACCGAUUACGCUUUCAAGACCCUCAACCUCGACAACGUCGCAAUCUACGUGGAUGCGGGCCACGCGGGCUGGUUGGGCUGGGAAGCCAACCUGAAGCCCACUGCCGAGCUGUACAGCGAAUUGUACAAGAAGGCAGGCUCUCCCAAGGCGGUUCGAGGCUUGGUCACAAACGUGUCAAACUACAACGGCUGGAACCUCACGAGCGCGCCGGCGUACGCAGAGAGCAACAAGCAGUGGGACGAGUCUAAGUUCCACGCCGCGUUGACCCCGUUCCUCAAGGAGGCUGGGUACCCGGCAAACUACCUCGUCGACCAGGGCCGCAGCGGCAAGCAGCCGACGGGACGCCAGAUUUGGGGUGACUGGUGCAAUAUCAAGGAGACUGGCUUCGGCACGAGACCGAAUGUUAAGACUGGCAUCGAUACCCUGGAUGCCUUUGUCUGGGUUAAGCCCGGUGGUGAAGCUGAUGGUACCAGCGACUCAACUGCGGCUCGCUAUGAUGAGAAGUGCAGCUCAGGAUCAUCCGUCAUUCCAGCCCCGGAAGCUGGAACUUGGUUCCAAGAGUACUUUGUGCAAUUAUUGGAGAACGCCGAUCCCGCAUUUUAG